GUAGUAAUAACCUCUUCUUUUUACAAUGUUUUUCAGUGGUAUUAUGAUGACGUUCAAUCGUUCCCAAAAGAUCUUUUAGAAAAGUUUAUUCAAAGCGAUCUUGACRAAGAAACAAGAGAGUUUCUACAGAAUUCAUGUGACAAGUCUGAUGCUGUGUUUACUCAGUUUGGACACAUGAUGUUCAGAGGAYUAACAAAUCUUUUUAUGUCUAUAACUACUAUCAAUGGAAUUCUUAACAGGGGAUCUAUGUUUGUCUUCUCGAGUACRCAGUUCAAGAAGCUUUUGAAUAUUAAUAGUGAAAGUAAGAAAAAGAAACUUCUAGAUCUUGGAGCGGGUGAUGGUAAAGUAACAGCAAUGAUGGAGCCAUUCUUUGAUGAGAUUUAUACAACAGAGCAGUCUCCCUCAAUGAGAUGGAGACUUCAUUGGAAAGGCUACAAGGUGCUUGAACUCAAUAAGUGGAAGGAUGUAGAGGAACCUUAUGAUGUCAUCAGUUGUUUAAACUUACUAGAUAGAUGUGACAAACCACUGACAUUACUUAAAGAAGUUAGAAAAGCUCUAAAACCUGAUGUGGGUAGAUUGGUAGUUGCUGUUGUGCUUCCAUUUCACCCCUGUGUUGAGUCAGGUUUGUUAUUUUUUUAGAAAAAAAAAAUCUUCAAAAACAUAUAUCCAUUACCAAAAUUUUAGCAAAAAAAAUAACCUGGCUUGACUCCAGUCAUCUAUCUCUCUCCCCCUUGAUACUUUAAAUGUGUACACAAGGUUAGAUCACUGGGAACAAGUCAGCAGUAUAAUCUUGAAGUCUGACAUUUCUGCUGGCAUUGCUUUGUUCAUGGCUAUCUUUUGUCACAUUCCUCACUUUAU